AUGACCUCAAGAGUCGUUAUCACUGGAUUAGGAGCGCUCACUCCAUUGGGAAAAACAGUUUCAGAGUCAUGGUCUAAUUUGCUGCGCGGUAAGUCUGGAAUUCGUCCCAUUUCAGAACUUCCCGAUGCUAAAGAUUACGAAUCACAUUGUCCAGCUAGUGUAGGGGUAGCCAAUGUUACUGGGUUCAAUCCAAUGGACUACGGGGACCUUUUCACUUCACAAGAUCUCAGAAGAAUGAGUCUCUUCACUCAGUUCGCAGUGGUUGCUGCCCAGGAGGCUUUAAAAGAUGCAAAUUUAUUGAACACAGUUGAUGAAUACAACAAUGAACGAUUUGGAUGCGUUAUCGGCUCUGGAAUCGCCUCAAUUCAAGAUAUGUACGAAUCUAUCCUGAAUUUCGAUCGCGGCAAAAAACUCCCUCCCACGUUUGUUCCCAAGAUUCUCGCAAACAUGGCCUGCGGUAAUGUUUCCAUAAAAUUCCAGCUCCGAGGCGUAUCCCAUUGCGUGUCCACAGCGUGUGCCACUGGAAAUAACGCGAUUGGGGAUGCUUACAACUUUAUAAGGCUCGGUUACAACGAUGUAUGCCUGGCAGGCGCCAGCGAAGCCAGUGUACACCCGCUAUCAUUGUCAGGUUUCCUGAGAGCCAAGAGUAUAACACCUGAUGGUAUAUCAAGACCAUUUGACAAGGAAAGAAACGGGUUUGUAUUAGGAGAAGGUGCCGGUCUAAUGGUUCUAGAGUCUCUGGAACACGCUCAGAAGCGAGGUGCUCGUAUAUAUGCAGAAAUCGAAGGCUACGGUCUCACAAGCGAUGCACACCACAUUACAUCGCCUUCAGAAAGUGGAGACGGUGCAAGAAGAGCAAUGGAGAUGGCGCUCAAAGGCCAUGAUCCUCGCCAGGUGGACUACGUCAAUGCGCAUGCCACCUCUACUAUCUUGGGCGACAGAGCUGAAUUGAAUGCCAUUUCCAACAUAUUUGCUCCUAACAGGAGCAUCCCACUGAAACUAUCAAGUAACAAGGGCGCUAUGGGUCAUUUGUUAGGAGCCGCUGGAGCGGUAGAGAGCAUCUUUACGAUAAAAAGUUUACAAGAAGGUUUGGUGCCUCAUACAUUGAAUUUAAAAAGGAUCGGUGAAGCUAAAGGUGACAACUUUGGAGAUUUGAAGGCGCUGGAUUUUGUGACAGGCUCCCCGGUGCGUCAUGACCUUGAAUAUGCGCUGAGUAACAGUUUUGGAUUUGGUGGUAUUAAUUCAUCGCUAUUAUUUAGAAAGUGGGUUAGCUAG